GUAUGUCUGGUAGUAAAAGCGGUACAUCUCGAGCUAAUCAGUGAUUUAUCAACUGAAGGUUUUCUCGGAGCAUUAAAAAAGUUCAUAGCUAGACGCGGACGACCCCAAAUUAUUUAUUCCGACAAUGGAACUAAUUUUCAAGGUGCAAAGAACAAAUUAGGUCAAAUUUAUACUCUGUUUCAAUCAGAACUUUAUAAAGAAAAAAUGUCCAAUUUCCUUACAGUGUUCCAAAUUAAUUGGCACUUUACACCACCAUUGUCACCUCAUUUUGGUGGAUUAUGGGAGUCCACGGUAAAAUUAUUCAAACACCAUAUGAUUCGAGUAGUUUCUGAUUUACUAUUUACUUUUGAAGAGUUAAAUACAUUUGUGAUAGAGGUUGAAGCAAUACUGAACUCUCGCCUCAUUACUCCCAUUUCAAACGACCCAAAUGAUCCUGCUCCCCUUACUCCCGGCCAUUUUUUGAUAGGCGAUUCUUUGACAAGUCUACCUGAAGCGGAUAUCUGUUCCAUUUCUUCAAACAGAUUGUCACAUUGGCAACAUAUCCAAAAGGUCCGACAGCACUUUUGGAACCGAUGGUAUAAGGAGUAUCUAAAUGAACUCAACAUUCACCACAAAUGGACUGCCGGAAAACCCACUGUUCAGGAAAAUGCAAUCGUGUUAUUAAAGGAAGAAACCGUUCCCCCUGUGCAAUGGAUUUUGGGCAGAAUCAUAAAAACAUAUCCAGGUGCGGAUGGAAUCAUCCGAACAGUGACAGUGAAAACCGCAAAAAGUGUAAAAAACCUCGCGUUAUUACCAAUUCCAGAAAACUACCUAAAAAAUAAGGAACCGUAAUAUAGUUAAUGUAGUUAUGCUUUGAAUUAGUUGAGUGAAACCCUCAACUGGGGGGAGAAUGUUCUGUCGAACUAUUUAUUGUAUUUUUUAAAUCGUUUAUUUCAUGUUUAAUUUUACGAAAUCUUAACUUAAAACUUUCAAAUUGUUUUUCAUGUUAUUCAAGAGAAAGGUUGCUGCUUUAGCGGGUGGUCUGUUUAAAGCCAUAUGUAGAAAUUGUAGACGGAUGAGGGCUGUAAACCAUUUUUGACCACCCACCUUUCGGGGUACUCAUCCUGAAUAAUAGCAUAGAUUCUAAGAAAGAAAUUGUGAACGAUUGGUCACGUCCAAUAUUUUUAAUUUUAGAGCAGAGUCUACUUAAGUCUGUCCUGUUAGACACACGCGUUUCACCUUUUUGUAUAUUUUUGUAACAUUAAGUUUUUCUAGAU